CUGGCGGUGGUUACCUCUGCCUGGAGAGGCGGUGAUACUGCCUUUCCGGAAGUCAAGUCGCCUCGACGGGAGGAUAUGAAAGAAUCCUUGAAGCAGACUUCCGUUCUGCACAAACACCGGCACGAAUCUUGUAUUGCCUCCAAAAAUCAAGAUGAUGGAUGGACUCGCCAUCUUUGGCGUCACAGCAUCUGUGAUUGUCGUUUUGUCAAUGGUCGUGACCAUCAUCUCCGAACGGAAGCGCCAUCACGCAAGACAGAGGCAACAAGCCGAAGCUAUCUGUUUUCGCAGAUAUGCUGAGUCAUGGCCAGCUCCAGCCCAUCCGCGCGCAAAAGGUGGUCAAGGCAAGUCAUCGCCUCGAGGAAAGGCUAACAAUGUAAGUGGUAGGCCGAGCAAACCCCUGGGGGGCGCGAGCGUUCAUGGAAGGACUCGGCCCCCUGCGCGAGGAGAGGUCGAUCCAUGGUCAUUCAACAGCGCAGUGACCUUGAAGACGGUCGACCCGGCCCUGGUCAAUUCCACGCUUAAGGUGAGGGACGGCGAUAUAUUCUUUGCUCCACGCCAUGCCGGCAUUCAGGGUGGCCACAGUUGGGUAUAAGCAGGGCAGAAUUUGCAAAGCUCGAUGUGCGUGGGUAGUGUUGUACCUUGGUAGGCUUGUCAAAAAAGA